CGGUCAGACCCUUUGGCGGCUGCAUCGAGAGCAGAGGUGUUGGAGCAAUAGCGAGUGUUGUUCCAGCUUGGUUGGUUCUAGAACACGUUGUUCAAGAGGCCGAUCCACACACUGAGUGGAGAUUUUUCAGCAGGAUCAGUGGCUGUGUGGGAGCCAGAGCACCUGAGGCAGAGCGGGAUGGCAGAGCUGUGGGGCUGGGCACGAUCCAGAGCGUUCCGCAGGGCCCCCAACAGCACUGCGAUGCCCGUCAGGGUGACCCAGAGGUCCCAGGACCAACAGCCUAAUGCCAACGAGGCAUUGCACAAUGGAAGUGUGCAGAAUGUCAAAUUGUAUAACCCACUUGCAGCAGAUGUGAGAAGAACCGAAUCAAACGCUUCAUGUCCUGCCCCUGAGAAAAAGAGAACAAAGCCCAUGAAGCCUACAGAGAGUGAAGGGAAUCCUUGCAGUGCUGUUUAUCGCCGACCCUACAGGGACAGGGUGAUUCAUUUACUUGCUCUGAGGACUUACAAGAAGCCAGAGUUACUUGCUCGCUUGCAAAGAGAUGGAGUCAUGCAAAAGGACAAGGGCACCCUUGGAAAGAUCCUUCAGCAGGUAGCCAACUGGAAUCCAAAGGAUAAUUCCUUCAGUCUGAAGGAACAUCUGUUUCAAACCCUUCAAACUGAUUGGCCUGGCUACAGUAAAAUUGAUAGAGAGAAUUUGAAGUUAAUACUUUCUAGAAAAACAGCUCCAUCUCAGAACCCCACCGGCGGCAGCCAAGCGACAUCUCCAGGGCCUUCUGAGAGAGAUGCUCCAGCAAGACCUGCUCAGAAAUGGCCUCUGGCUUCUGACUUUACCAGUCCAUUGAUGAGCAAGAAGAGGAGAAUUGAUCACCAGCACAGUCAUAUCCAGCCAGCAGCUGGUGGCCACUUUUCUUCCUUGCUUCUGCCUUCCACAUCCCUCUUCACUAUGGUCAAGCCUCCAAGUGUCGGCUCUAUUUCCCCCUGCACACCUGUGGUGCAACAAACAGAGAAAUUUCAGAGUUCCAGCAUCCCAGAGCCCGCCAGGGUGCAGAAGGAGAUCCCCAAUUCAAAUGGGAAGAAAAACGAAUUAGGGAGGCUGCAGCAGUUUUGUCCCUUGGAUUUCAAUGAAGGAAAUAGAGAAGAUACUUCCAUUGCCUCCACAUGCUCUGCAACAAGCAACCAACCAGACUAUUUGAGAAAAUACAUAGCCAUUGUCUCCUUGGAGCAAUGCCAGCGCUACAAGGAUGACUUCAAUGCAGAGUAUGAGGAAUACAGGAAUUUGCAUUCUCAGAUUGACAAUAUCAUAAAGAAGUUCAGACAGUUUCAGGAACAAUGGAAGUCUCUGACUCCAGGCUCCGAAGCCUAUCAGACUCUGCAUCAUCGAAUCCUAGCAGAUUAUCAGCAGUUACAACAGGGUAGCCCCAGCUACUCUGAAAUGAAGAGCAGGUGCCAGUACCUCCACAAAAAGCUGUCCCAUAUUCAGAGCUGCAUUUCUGAAUUUGACCAGCAGUAAGUGGAGUACUGGCACCAGACAUCUGCUUCAGCAAGGAAACAUCUAUGAACUCUGGGUUUUUUAUUUCAACUAGAAGAUUAGUUUUUUUAGGAUUUUAUAAAUUAGUAUUGAACAGUAGGUUAUUUUACCACUGAGCAGUAGAUAAUUGCUUAAAAAUGUAGGAUUAGUUCAAAGAAGUUUAGUAAGUUUAAGAAGUUGAAAGAUGAUAGUAUUGAACGUUAACAAGAAAGAAAUCUUCCUAUUGGUAAUUCCUUCUCUCAUUGUUGCUUGUGUCGUAUUUGUAGUGGGUUUCUUUUGAACACUUCUUUUCUUCAAGUCUUCUUUCUUCAAGUCCACUGAAAUAAAUUUAUCAGUAGGGGAUGGAAGCCCACUACUUCUACUAUGAAGUUGCGCAGAUUUUAAGAAAAUAUUGUAGCAAAUGGAAAUACUUUAUGAUAAGUAUAGGAGUGGUUUUUGACCUUUCUUGUUAAUGCAAACUCUUUGUGUAAUGUAGUGAAAGGCAUAGAGGUUUGUACAAACCCCUCCCCAAAUCACCUUGUUUUGGAGGGCUACAGUGGAGUGCACAUGGGCUGCUCUAAGCUGUCAGCUGAAGCAGCUCCCAGGACUGCUUGUAAAUCAUGGCCUUAGCUUGUCAGUGAGCCAAGAAAUAUUCAGAUCUUUGCAAGCAUUCUGUAAAACACAGGCAGAAGUGUUGGAGGCAAGGUACUUCAAUGGGUUUUAAAGAGAAAUUGGGUUCGAGUGGCUCUAAAGGAUCCCUAUGAGUUUUGUAGUUUUCUCCAAACUAGUCUGUCACAAUCUCAGUCUUUCUAGGCAGACACAGCCGUUAAUUCCUGCACAGAUCCAUGGGGACUUUGACAUCUAGACCCUUUGCUAAGUUUCCUGUUGGAAAUAUAUUCAGCUGACAGGGUAGACGUGUGGCCAGCAAUGUCAUCACCUUCUUUUGGGAGAGAUAUGAAAUUGACAGAGGGAAGACAAUAUUUGGGAACAAUGAAAGGUGGCUGUGAAUGCCCCUUUCUUCCUUGGAGAGUAUUCUACAAAUUCCUCAAUUGUCUCCAUGCCAAUGAUGUUGACCCCUGUAACCUGAAGAGGUCUUGGGGUGUUUUCUGAUUGAACAUUGUUGCCCUUCUGUUCUCCUUCAAGUGAAGUUCAAGAAAUGUCACCUCUUGAACCCUGAGACUUGGGUCCAUUUUUGCCUGGAUCAUGGGGUGCUCCUACAGCUCUGCAGUGCAGCAGCAGCAGGAACGCUGCCGUGGGGGGCAUGGGGUGAAUUCUGCUGGAGUGCCUCCCCUUGGCCUGGUGGCUGCUGCUGGUUGUCAGAGUGUGCAAGAGUGCUGAUGGCAAGAGUGUCGCCUGAGACAGAGGUUUUACAAGGACAUCCUUAUUCUUGGUCACAUUGCACUCUUCCUGUAAACUGCAUUUAGGAUGUGUAAUAUCCACAUACUUAUUAGGCCUGUGUAUUUCUGGCUGUCAUUUUUGUCCAGAUUCCUUAAAAAAAACAAAUGAGAAAUAAAAAACACUCUAGUCAGGAAAAAACAAAAACCACAACACCUUUAAGUGGAAAAAGACUUGAAUUUUACAACAAAAUGUACAGUUGCUGGAAAGCUGCUUUAUAUGCCAGUUAAAAAUUAUUAUAUGAGCUCAGGAGGCUCUGUGAACCUUGGAUCUAACUCUGUAAGCUCAUAGCUGUAGAACAAAGCAGGAGCAUCCCUGAAGACCAAAAGGAUGCUCAAGACCCGUGGGAGUGGGGCAGAGCAGAGGAAUAUGGUGGGGAUUAGCACCCUGCUAGCUUCACCAGAAGCCUGUCACCACUCCUCUGUCCCAUGCCUGCUCACAGUUGGGGUAACCUGUGUUUCAAAACAGAUCUGAGCAUCCCAGCUUGCAGUGCUUCUAGUGAGGCUGCACCUGUGCAUGGGGUUGUCCCCACCUGCUGCUGCAGAGAAGAUUUUGGUGUAGGAAAAAGCAGAACUCAUCAGGUUAAUGAAUAAAAAUAUGUCCCAGUCUUUAGAACAUCUUUGUAUAUGAACUGGAGUAUCCUUGGUCUUCAAGAGGAUGGGCCUGUCAUGGCCCAGGCUUGUCCAGUUGAUUUCUCUUGUUAACUGAGCAUGGCUGAACAUAUAAAGGAAUGUAGGUAGUUGUUGAUUUGCACUUACAGCCUAUAGUCAGCCCCCCAGUCUUUAUCCUUUUGAGCAAAGAAUAGUGAGACUUUAACGUCAUCAGCUUGGAAUUCCCAGGUGAAUCUUCAGGUCACGUGGAAAAUGUUUCAGGUUAAAAACCCUAAAACAGUCUUGACGCUGACAGCCACAAAAGAAUCAGGGCUUGCUUUCCUCUGACCAAGUCUGCCUCCCUGACACAAAGGACUUGACCAAUAGCCUGCACAAGAUGAAAAUGGAUAGAGUGAUAUUAUUGUUGGGCUCAGCCAUUGUUUUCAGCUGUUCUUGAAUGAGAAGCUGGGAGUGGAACAGAACUGAGAAAAGGGAUAGAUCUCAAUACUGGAGAGUUUAGUGUUUUUCCCCACUACCUGACCUGAACCUCCUCCUCCUUUCCAAAUGUGACAGCCACGUAUAGAGGCUAAGAAUGGCUUCAAGACUUAAUAAGAUAUAUGCUUUCAAAAUAACCAUUUUCAUAAUAAUAACACUGAUUGCAAAAUACAUGUAGUAAAAAUCUAAUUCUGCGAGGACAUCACUUUACUGGAAAGUCAGAAGUACUGACCUAGAGAGAAAGAAUAACUGCAAACCUUUUAAAAAUAAAGUUUUGACCUGAAUUCA